AUGGCCAAGCUCAGCGCAGCAGAUGUUCAAAUCCUCAAGAAGAUGCUGCAUGACCUCAAAGAAGAGUCCCACAAGAAGCGUGAUGAAGCUAAAGGCUCAAGGGAGCACAUGAAGUACUUCGCACAGAAAUGCGUUCAAGCCCACAAUGAAGCUAAAAAGCGCAAAGCUCUUGGGCAUCCUGGCAUCGAUCCCAGGAUGGCUGCCAAGCAAAAUAAGAAGUCUGUUGUGGCCCAAACUGAAGCACCAAGGCAGGAAGAACCUCGCAUUGAUGACUCAUGGGCCGAGCGCCCACAGCAAGACACCCCCAUUCAUGAUGAGACACCUAGAACACCACCACCUCAAGUCACCACUCCGGUGCUUGACGACGAUAACUACAUGGUGCAGACCACUCCCUCACCAAAGGCGUCGCCCGCAUUUCACAGGCUUCGCAAAGGCCCCAGGCCACAGGUCACCAUGUCGAGCAUUCCGGAAGGGGAAUUGCACCAAAGCUCAGUAGCACGUCAAGUGUUUCCUGAAGCCACACCUACUGCGAAUGUCUCUGAGUCUGAAGCUAAAGUUGCUGAAGACACUCCGGCUACAUCAGCCGAUGACGAUGAUGAAGAAGAAAGACUUGCCACACCCCCUGCUCCAGAUCAAGUCACUCUCGUGGAGAAUGUGAUUGUGCCAGACCCUCCUGUUGUUGAACAAACGGAGGUUGAAACCAUUGAGGCUGCCACAAACAAUGCUACUGAAGCCAAUGACACUGUCAUGGCUGAAGACAAUGUGGAACCUGAAGCCAAUGUGGAUGCUAAAGCCACUGUUCCACCUCCAAGGCCUCACACCAUUGAACAUGCCUUUGAUCGUGGACAUCUGGUCACUGUAAAAUGGCCUAUUAUGGUUCCUCCCACUGCUCCUGGACCACAAUGCCCCCCUUCGAUGAAUGUGGGGUCUCGUGAGAACCGCGUCACCGUGGUUCCUCUCCUUGUCGCCAGCGCCGAACUUGCCCCAAGGGUGGACGAAGGGGGGCAAGUACUGCUGGAGGUCAGGUGCGCGGGUGCCGAGGUGCUGACGUUGCCCGAGGCUCCUGAGGCGCCAUCCUCGGGAACCCGUGGCCCUCGCCCCGGGGCGGUAGUUGAGGGGGCGACACAACCCGCUGCUCCUGAGGCCGAAGUUCCCGAGGCCUCCGCGAGCCAUCGCGAGGCGGAGCCCGACAGCUCUUCCCAGCUCGGCGCCUCUGAGGUCGUCUCCUUGGGCGCUUCUCCAGUCGCGCCCUGUGCUGGCCGCCACGUCCAGCGCUUCGGCAGGCUCCGUGUGGACUUCGAAGCGCUCCGCAAUAGGAAGGGGUCCCCAAGCUACAGCAGCGGUACCCCCCGGCCAUUGAAACAGAGGAAGUACAUCGCCAUAGAUGAGUAA